GAACACGGAAGUAGCUCAAAGAAACUCCCGCGUAGUUCUCAUUGUUUUGGAUAAGCCAUGUGGUUCUGAUAGAGAUGCAGAGUGUUUACAACUGAAUGACUACGAUGUCUAAACUGAAGAGGAAGAAAUUAUUAGUCGAAGAGAGUAGAUCCGAGCAGCACCCGAGGAUCAAGAAGUCAAAUGACAGUUUGUGCACAGUGCAGGACAGUGGCUGCAGCAAAACAUCUAACGUUACAGGCAGGGAGAGAUGGUGGGAGAGUUCUGAAUUAAGUGAUGCGGAGAGACUUUGGGCUCUUACCUUGAGAGCUCUUUGCCCAGCUCUACAGUCAGAUCAGGAAGAAUCUAUUCCACAGCUCCCCCCACCUUCAUCCACGAAAACUUAUGUACAAAAAGUAAAUGAUUGGAGAUGGUGCAGUGCAAAUGAAGAUGCUGAUCCCCCUCCAGAUCUCCCAGCUCCAUCUUUCCUGACUCACUCACCACCAGUGAGUGACUGCAAGAUCCCUUCACAACCCCCAGCAGCAAAGAACAUGGGGGAAUCUGACUCACCAGCACUCGCCGAUCGAGAUAAUUAUACACCCUCACCUGAUCAGGAGAGUGUGUCAGUAUGUGACAGACAAACUGCUCAGCAGUGCCACCUAGAAGACAAAGUGAAUUGCGUUGAGGGUCGUGAAUUGUCAGACAAACAUGGUGACAAAUUUGGCCAAGCAGGGAAAGUCUCAGAAAUUCAAGAGCUUACAAGAGGCUCUGAAUCUGGAUUGGAGGUGGAAUCAAGAGCAGGAAUAGAUGCAAGAUCAAGAGCAGGAGGAUCUGGAGCAGGAUUGGAAGCAGGAUCAAGAGCAGGAAUAGAUGAAAGAUCAAGACCAGGAGGAUCUGGAGCAGGAUCAAGAGCAGGAAUAGAUGCAAGAGCAGGAGGAUCUGGAGCAAAAUUAGUUGCAGGAUCAAGAGAAGUAGGAUCUGGAGCAAGAUUGGAUACAGGAUCUGGAGCAGGAAAGGGUACAAAAACAGGUGCAGGUGGAUCAAGGCUAGGAACAAUACCUGGAACAGAAGGAUUAGUAUCAGUCAUUGGUCCAAAACAAGGAGGAUCAGGGCAGAGAGCAAAAUCUGCAGCAGGAGGGUCUGGGGCAAUUUCAGGAGUAAGAGGAUCUGGAUUAGGACUGGGAACAAAAUCUGGAGUUGGUCAGGGAGCAAAAUCAGGACUUGACGGAUAUGGGUCGGGGCUGGGAAGAAAUUCAGGAGCAGAUGGACCUGGAUUGGGGCAAGGAACAAAAUCAGGUCCAGAAGGAUCUGGAUCAGCGUCUGGAUCAGGACUGGAUUGCUGCCCAAUGUGUCUAAUACCAUUUUCUGAAGGGUUCACCCAAAUGGAAUGUGAUGGCCAUCUUGCACAAUGUUUAUCAGAGAUGCAUGACGAUAUUAUUUGGUGAUGAUAAUGAAAAUCUGUUAUUUUUGGAUACCUGUGUUUUCCUUAGUAGCUUUACGUUGCAUGUGCUUGCGAAAUAUUACUUUAAUAUUUUGAUUACUGUAACCGGAGGACCUGUUAAGUAUUUCUUCUAAAAAAUGAUAGAAAAACAAUAUGCAUUAUGCAAUAAAGACAGUGUUCUCUCAA